AUGGCGCCUCUCGUUAAAGUCGCUGUCAUUCAGCUGUAUCCCAAGCCGAUGCAGCCCGAGCACAACUUCAACAAAGCAGCAACAUAUAUCCGGACUGCUGCAGCGCAGGGCGCCGAGCUGGUUGUUUUACCUGAAUACCACCUCACGAACUGGCUACCAAAGGAUCCAGCAUUUGUCGGUUUGUGCAACCAAUGGGAGAUCUAUCUGAACAAGUACAAGGAGCUGGCGAAGGACUGUGGGAUAUGCAUACAGCCUGGCACCAUUGUGGAGUCGCAUCCCCAGGAGGAAGCAGAGGAAAAUAAGCUGCUCAACGUUGCGUACUUUAUCGACCAUGAGGGCAACGUCCUCGGCAAAUAUGUCAAAAAAAACCUGUGGCAUCCCGAACGCGAACAUCUCACAGGAAGUGGGCGAGACGUCCAUCAGGUCUUCGACACGCCCAUCGGCAAAGUGGGCAUGCUGAUAUGCUGGGAUUUGGCCUUUCCAGAGGCUUUUCGCGAACUUAUAGCGAACGGGGCGAAGAUCAUUAUCACUCCUACGUUCUGGACGCUGAAUGACUGCAAUCCUGCGGGACUAGCGCUGAACCCGAGCUCGGAGGCGUUAUUUCUGGAUAGCAUGCUGACCUGUAGAGCGUUUGAAAAUACGUGUGCGGUCGUCUUCGCCAACGCAGGAGGCCCGCCCGGCCGCGGUUACGCCGGCCUCUCUCAAGUCGUCGUCCCAUUUAUAGGGCCCUUGGUCCGCAUGGGCAGCUGCGCAGAGGGAAUGAGCGUUGCGGACAUCGACAUGCAAGUGCUGGAGGACGCGGAGGCGAACUACCAGGUAAGGGCUGAUUUGGGGAGGGAUGAUUGGCAUUACGACUACAGGCACUCAAAUUUGAUCACGAAAGACAACGAGGAUGAAAGACUUAAACAGAGACUGUAG